AUGGAAAAUACAAAAACAUAUAGAGAAGAAACUAAAAGUCGCCCAGAGUUUUACCACCCGAAGAUAGCCAUUCGAGCUUGCUUUCUUGGCUUCGUGUUCGGCUGUGGGGUGCUGCUAAGUUUUAGCCAGUCUUCUUGGAAUCACUUUGGCUGGUAUAUGUGCUCCUUGUCAUUGUUCCACUAUUCUGAAUACCUAGUCACAGCAGUCAACAAUCCCAAAAGUCUGUCCUUGGACUCCUUUCUCCUGAAUCACAGUCUGGAGUACACCGUAGCUGCUCUUUCUUCUUGGAUCGAGUUCACACUUGAAAAUAUCUUCUGGCCAGAACUGAAGCAGAUCACCUGGCUCAGUGCCACGGGCCUGCUGAUGGUGGUCUUUGGAGAAUGUCUGAGGAAAGCGGCAAUGUUUACGGCUGGUUCCAACUUCAAUCACGUGGUGCAGAAUGAGAAAUCAGAAACCCAUACUCUGGUGACAAGUGGAGUGUAUGCCUGGUUCCGGCAUCCUUCUUACGUUGGGUGGUUUUACUGGAGUAUCGGAACCCAGGUGAUGCUCUGCAACCCCAUCUGUGGCGUUGGCUAUGCUCUGACAGUCUGGCGGUUCUUCCGCGAUCGAACAGAAGAAGAGGAAAUCUCAUUAAUUCACUUUUUUGGAGAGGAGUACCUGGAAUAUAAGAAGCGGGUGCCCACGGGCCUGCCUUUUAUAAAAGGGGUCAAGGUGGAUCUAUGACAUGCCAGGGGCCUCGGGGCCUCCCACUCCAUGCAGCCCAGGACAAAAUGGCCUCUGCUCGGCCACUCUGCAGAAUGGAUUUUCUUAAUAUUUUAUAUUUGCCAUUUACUCCUGGAUAUCACUCAAGAUCAGAAGGUCAGAAGGCCUUAGGACCAAAGGACAUCCCCCCACCCCAGAUUCCCGGAGCAAUCUGUUCUUGGGCUGAAUCAAGAUAGGACCAAGGAGCAAGUCACAGCAAUAUUCAGCAGUGCCCUCCGGAGUGCCCGGUGCCGAGCCCAGGCCACAUGCUGUCCUUCGCGGCCACAGUGCAUUUAGGCUGUAACCAAGACCCCCCUGAGAGAGGUGGACUCAUCGCUCUGAAUAAGGCUUCAGCAGGAAGGGUAUGUGGGCGCCAGUGCUUUCUGGCAUUAGAAGUACAUUGAAGAUCUUUACUUUAACCGAAAUACACAAACAGCACAGCUUUAACCUCCUGAUUUCUGUCCUUAGUGCAUGAGCAUCUAUACAGUUUUAAAGACACUUCCUUAUAAGGCACUUUGGCUCUUCAUAUAUUUAAUUGUAUUUACAUAUCUAUUUUUUAUAAACAGCAGUAUAGAUUCAAAGGGGACUCAGUGUUUAUAGGCCCAACUUUUAUUUAGCAGAAAGGAAGCAUCGACACCCAGAUGAUUUGCCUGAGUGACUUUGUGUUACCAGGGAGCCCACGGCCCCUAUGGCUUCCCUGGGCUCCUGGCCUUCUCCCAAGUGGGGGCUGUUAUCAGUGACAGGCAUGUCAAAGAUGUGUCAUUUGUCCUUUAUCCAAGAAAUGCUUACUGAACACCUGCUCUGUGCAAGGCAUUGUCAAACAUUGAGAAAUACUGCUCUCCAUUUACUUGGGAUUUUAUUCAUAUUUUACCAUAGCGUAUAGUUUUGAUUUAAAUCUAUUAACUAUUGAUUUCUAUGUUCUGUUCUCAAAAUUUCGUCAUCCCUAAUGCCAUUUCAGACUGUCUUCCAAAGGGGUCUGAGAGCACGCACAACUACAAGAUUCAAGUCGACCCAUGAAAAUCUUAAAUAGAGCAAAUAAUCCCAACUGAGAUUUAGUCAUAUUUUUGCUUUUAAAGUUCAGGGAGAGUGGUUGGUUUUAUGAGUCAAACAUAUAAACUGUAAAGACCCUUGCUUAAUUCUGGACUAGAUAGGAACAUGGUCUCUGUGUGAGAUCCUUCCACGCAGUUCUGCGGUGGCACUGGGACACGUGAAUGUGAAGGCAGCGAAGCCCGGGCCAGAGUGCAUCCCUGCUGCCACGCCAGCCACGCCACGUGGCUUUCAAGGAGCCACCUACCUUUCCGUGCCUAGACCUCCCCAUCUGUAGAAUGGGGUCAAUACCACCUACCUCACAGGGGUGUUGUGAAGACUUAGAACAACGUCAAACAUUUUUAAUACUUUAGAUGAGAGAUGACAUUAAUGGAAUCUAUACUGUGUCAGAGUUACUCAAAAAUGGACAUUCAGUUAACUACUGGAAAUGUGUGUUCAAAGGAGCAUUUUAUCAACUCAAAAUAGUAUUAAUUUCUAGAUUUCAUGGCCUAAUUAAUCUUUUUGUUAUUAUAUACCAAAGAGGUGUGCGGGUUUGUUGGUUGCUGGUGUGACAUUGCGGGUGUGAGAACCAGGGAGUCCCAACCGUAGGCCCUUGGGAGGAUCAUGCAGUCAGACUGGCCAAGGCCACUGCUGGAGCCCCAGGCUGCAGGUUCCUCCGGCAGGAACACUCCCAGGUGGGACAUGCCCUGACUGAGGAUUCAAGUUGGAUUAGCUCUAAACUUGUCCCCCAGACUACGCUUUGCAAAGUCAACUCCACUUAGUAGGACUGCAGGAUGGAGAGGGGUUGGUAGCCAUCCCCAGCUCUUUGAGGGAAACUUCUUUCUGUAUGGAGCAGGCUUAGUCCCAGCUUUAAUGACACUUCUGGAGGGCCAUGAAUUUGUCUUUUUAAUAGCUGGAGAGCAGCUAAUGCGGGCCCCUGGCUUUGUGAACGGGAAGUGUGAGGUGCUGGGUUCAAUCUGUUCCUCCACCUGCCGGAGUUCAGAAAGCCCACCUUCCUGCCCGGCAGGAGCUCAGAAGGUAGGCCUCUGUUUGGAUGUUGCCCUCUACCACCUGGGGCUUGAUGUUCUCCUUUGCUUUCAAGAGCAGGUCUGCGGGAGGGGGCAGCGAGAACAUUCAUACCCUCAUUUGUAAUCCCAGGGCAGAAGUUAGCAAUUACUUAAGGAUAAAGAUGAACUAUUUAGGGACAGGGGUUUGGCAAGUGAUUGACUUUCAUCUGGUACUGAGAUCUUUGGAUUAUUUUUAGCCGUAUAAAUUUAGUAGUGAUGGUGUGCAGGGCAAAGAAUCAGGUUAAUGAGAUACAGGCUUUCUGGGUGUCCCCCAAAGCUGCUUGGGCAAAGGCCACGUCUCCAGUUCCCUCAAAUUAAGAAACUGUCAGGAGAUUUCUUUUUCCAUUGCAGGUUUUAAAGUGCAGAUUUUUAAGGGGAACAUAGGCACUGCACAGAACAAAGCUACUUAGAAGCCACAUAAAAGGACACAUACAAGGAUUUGCAGGCUAGGCUGAGAAUGGCAGUUUCACAGCCAAGGGAGGGGAGUGAGCCUGGCAGAAAGCAAAAGGCAGCAUUUCCCAUAGCCCCUCACUGGUGUGAACUGCUUCUGGAGCCUAAAAGUAGACUUUAUCAGUCCCUCCCAUCCAUUUAGGGUGGUGACAUGAUAUGGGAAAUAUUCCUAAACUAACAUGUUGUGUUAAUAGAUUAGGCUCAGUAAGGUCUCAGCCAUGGCUCAUUUUGGUAGCAGUCCCUCCGUAACAGGUACAGUAACCCACUGUCCCUUCUCUGCACUUUCUUACUGCCUUAGGUAGCUGCCAUCUCCCACCGUCUUUGCUUCUGUAGUGACUUGGCAAGGGUAGGCGACCUUGGCAUUGCCGCGUGGUGGGAGGCUUGCUUUCUGUGCCCCGCUAUGAAAGCUUGCCGCCUUGUCCUGGGCCCAGGAGACUGGCCAUCAGAAGUGCUUGCUCUCGGGAAGCCGUCCAUAGCUAGGAGAGUAACUUAAUGGAGUAAUUCUUCUACUCUUCUUUUUACAUGCAGAAAUGUUUAUUUAAAUAUUUUAAAUUGGAUUUUCUUUCACAGAUACUGAUAUUCUUUCCAAAUCUGAAAUAAAACUAUACUUGAUUUCACUAUGA